UCGAACAAGGAGCAUGGAAGAUUUUAUCAGAAACGCCAUUCUAUCAGUUUUGUCUAGCACAAAUAGAUCUCGCACUCACAUGGAUCUGCAUAAUGAUAUUUGUGCUGAUGUCCGAAGAGAUGUACUAAUCAUAUAAACUAGUGCAUGCUGGUUACUUGAUCAAGGAGACAUUAAUAUUUUGACCUGUUUCUGGAAAGAAGUGGUUCUGCAGCAGACAACAAUGCAGGUGGACACAUAUGGUGUGUUGAUGACCAUACUUGUUGUGGCAGUUCUACUACAUCAAGUACAGGCUAGCCAUGGUACUGAUACCGGUUGGAUGACGUGUCCUUCUGGUCCACAUGGAAUAGAGUAUAUAUAUGUUGAUGUUGCAAAGACUUUUGAUAAGGCAGUGCUUCAUUGCAAGAAUCUCGGGAUCGGUGGCAAGCUAGCUACUCCACGCAAUGCCACGGAGAAUCAAUGUACUAACCAAACUAAACCAAGUCGCACAACUACCUGGAUUGGAAUUCGGACAACUCCCAAAAAUCCCGAUUUCAAUUGGACCACUGUAGAUUCUGGGCAUCCUAUUAACUUUGCACAUUGGACUGCUGGGGAACCAAGCUCAGACAAGUAUGUUCAUCAACUGUGCGUAACAAUGUGGUAUAACCCAAGCCGAAAUACAUAUGGGUCUCGAUGGGAUAAUGCAGAAUGCAGCGGCCAUGCUCAGUUUGUGUGCCAAAGACAAACUGCAGGCCCAACAACAACAGUGGUGACAACACCCACUACUACACCAACUACUACACCAACUACCACACCAACUACUACACCGACUACAACACCGACUACAACACCAACUACCACACCAACUACAACACCAACUACCACACCAACUACUACGCCAACCACAAUAGCAACCACUGCACCACAGAUCAUAGGGACUACCAAAUCAAUCACCCUGCCGAGAAUUAAGGAUACUGCCACACUAGCAACGACUUUGUCAGCAAUGAUCCAUCCUAGGACACCGCUAGUGGCAUCUGUGUCUUCGUCGUCAUUGCCGGACCCAGCAUCAACUGACAUCAGCACAUCUGCAAGUAGUUCAAGCAGUCCAAGCCAGUCUACCCUCGCUGUAGCAGUACCAACAGUGGCAGCAUGUUGUGUUCUCGCCAUCAUCAUCAUCACUUUGGCCUUUGUAGGAUGGCGACGAAAGAAAAGAAUGAAUGUACCCAUCACCGGCAAUGGUCCUUCACGUGCACUGGAACAGUAUCAAAAUCAGUGUGAAAAUGCAGUUCUCGGCUGUCAGCCAAGUCUGGAUGUAUAUGAACCCAUGGACACGGUGACGGGGAAUACUUAUACAACCUUUCCGACGGAGAGUAUCGCUCUACCAAUUGCUGGGAAUACUGGAAUUGAUCACAACUCUACAGAAGAGACGGCAACCACCACAACGCUGGGUUUUGCGGACAGCAACUGGCAUGGGAAAUUUGGCAAUGUUGGAGGAAAUCUGCUUCUAGAGGAUGUUCCAGCAUGUGGUAGACCUGCUACGGCUAGGAGAGAUGUUUCUACCAUGAUCACCAGCAAGUGUGCAGAGCAAGAAGACAAUCAACAUACCUAUAUCACAAUGACUGAUUGUACAAGUAAGGGCGGUGAUACCCUAGGAGCACCUAGUGACGACACUGACGUCUACUAUUGUGCAACGGAUGAGUUCACAGAUGGUGAGCAAGCUUUCACGGGGGAGUACAUCAACGCUGCGUCAAUUCUCACCAAUAACUGUCCUCCCCAUACGAAACGCCUGGUACCCACUACAGCUGUUUAUGUCAACAGCAAUACCUGUAAUGAAACACGGUUUAAACCAGCCAGUCCGGACAAUGGACUUCCAGGCAGUAGACAUCCCGACCAAGGAAAUCUUAAUUGUGUGGCCGUAGAUCUCCUUCCACCUCCACCAGAAGAUGAUAUUUACCAAGACAUGCAGCCUUCCAACAACGACGAAGUGUACGUUUAAAGGCAACACUUCCCAGCGUAUGUGCCAUGGUUAAUGCCAUGCAUUGCGCAACCGAAUCCAUCGACACAGCCGCGCACGGAAGAAGCAGCAAUGCCAAAAGACACCACAUCUAAAAAAAUUGCCGGCCAGCACCACAGCGCUCUGAAAAGCGUACUGUAAAGAAGCAAGUCCGAGUGAUGGAGACACCCAAGACAGAAGAACCACCUCGAACUUCGGUUGAGCAGUAGAUAGAAGAAAACGUUUCUUGUAGCGGCUGUCUCCAGAACUUGCUAAAAUCUUACAUGCUCCUUAUGUUUACACGACUUCCUGAGUGCUUGGCUUUGUUCACUACACUUUCUCGUUUCGUUCGUUUCGGCGCUUUCCUUCCCCUCAUUGGACCUUUCCUAACCUGAGCCUUCCAAGUUGGAAGGUUGUUGAUUUGCGCCUCGUGGAUUUGUUGGAGCUAGGUGUCAGGUCGCUGAAUGUCUCAAUACUCCCUGUCAGUGUUGUACCUUGUUGUCGUACUCACUGACGGUAUAAGACCUGGUUACUUUGGUGGACAGUUAGUCAUAACUCGCAACAGUCACUCAUCCUAUUCAUAGCUAUAUUCAAAUUAUCUCCUCGCAGAUUGUUCGUAACACUGUGUCCUUUUUAUUCAUGAUUACAUUGCCUCACCAUCUGAGUUCGAGUUUUGUUCUUUCUCUGAAUUUGCUUGGUGUUCUUGCUCAUUGUCAUUGUGAUGUUUUGUGCUUUUUCCUUGGGUUCACUGAUACCAUUACUGCCUUUUUGUUUUUUUUGUUUUUUUUGUUUUGUGCUUGAUUCCCACAUUUAUAACCCAUAUUACCCUGUAUAUACCGGUACUCACACCAUCAUGCAGUGUAGAUGCAGAACCA